AUGGAGUAUGCUUUUGACAUACCUUCUACAUGCUUCGGAGUCGUGACCAAUAGGUGCGACCUCAAGGUUGUGAAUCACGUAUUUGAGGGGCUAUAUGAUGAACAUCAAGAUCUUUUUUUGGAAUCUUGCUUCCGCCCAUUAGUGCACAUUCUGGAGUUGAAGUUGUCAUCUCAAAUUAUCCACCACCUUCUUAUGAGGACCUUGAAAUCAUCCGACAACGAAAAACAUGCCGUGUGGUUUAAGUUUGGAGAAAACCAAGCUAGACUCGGGUUACAAGAAUUUUCUCUUGUAACCGGAUUAAAGAUCGUGGAUGAUCCCGAGUACGAGAUCCCCGAAAGAAGUAGUUCUCUUUUGCAUCUAUUCAAAAAGAAGCGUGGGAAGAUAAUGAGGAAGGAUUUGCUUGAGAAAUUUGAUAAUCUGAAGAAGAAGGAACAUGCACACUUGAAAUACAAAUUGGGGCUUAUCACGGUCCUCGAGCACGUGAUUUUGUCUGCAGAGUGUCGGACUCUCGUAGAUGAAAAAUGGUUCCAUUUGGUUGAAGAUUUGGAGCAUUUCAAUAGUUAUCAUUGGGGAAACUUAUCGUAUGGGUACACCGUAAAGUUGUUCAAGAGGAACACUUUCGGUAAAAUAAAAAACCCAAAGUUGAUAAAGUAUUCUCUUCACGGAUUUCCCCUAGCUAUCAUGGUUUGGGCAUUUGAGGCACUGCCAGAGUCAGGAAGACAAUUUGGUGAACACUGUUCUACUGGCGGACUUCCAAGAAUAAUGUGUUGGAAAAUGGACAAACAUUUGCGAAGCGAGCAACUUACUACGUUUUUUAACACUUCGGAGGUUCAAGUUCGACGAACGUUACAACCUUCAAGUGAUGAAGUUGAAACUUCAUACUUGAAGGAUUUCAGCAUAACUUCAGAGGAACAAGAAAUUGUGCUUGACGAUGAGGAAGAAGAAAAAGGAGAAAAAAAUGAGGCUGAGAAUGAGGAUGAGGAUGGUGAGGAAGAGGAGGAAGAGGAAGAAGAAAAAAAUGAUACAUCUCAAUCCGAUCCACCACAAACCCAAGUUUUGGAUGCUGAAAAUAUUCGAACUAUAGUCAGGGAAGUUGUGACGGAAGUUGUGAAGGACGAGAUGAGAAUAUUUUCUGAGCGAAUGGAGAUGAAGAUGGACAUGAAGAUGAACAAUUUUUUUGACCGAAUAGAAAAAUUAGUAUUUCAAGCAAAAGCUGGUCCAUCUACCCGUGCUACCUAUGACGGGACAAAUGUUGAUGAAGAGGUUGAUUCGGAGAUUAAUAUGCGGGAUACGGAGACCGGUCGAACAAUAGAUGGUGUUGAAGACACGGUAAAAUCACCAUCUCCGAUGCCCCAAUAA